AUGAUUAUAAAUAGAAUAGUAGUUUCCAUUUCCUCUUUGGUUCUACAUAUAUUCCUUAUUAGUAGUACUUUCUUAGUAUAUAAUACUGCAGAAGCAGAACCAAACAACAUUGCUAUUUAUUGGGGUCAAAACAACAAUGAAGGUACCCUAACACAAACAUGUGCAACAGAAAAUUACUCGUAUGUGAUCAUAGCUUUUAUGAACAAAUUUGGGAAUGGAACAACGCCAGAAAUCAACUUAGCAGAUCACUGUGACCCUUAUUCGAAUGAUUGCGUAAUGUUGCGCACAGACAUCAAGAAUUGUCAAGCGAAAGGAAUCAAAGUCUUGCUUUCAAUUGGAGGAGCAGAUGGAGAGUAUGGUUUGGUUUCUACUGACGAUGCUAAAAACGUUUCUGAUUACUUGUGGAACAAGUUUCUGGGUGGAAACUCGUCUUUGCGUCCGUUUGGUGAUGCGAUAUUAGAUGGAAUUGAUUUUGAUAUAGAGAAAAGCUUGAAAGGAAAACAACAACAUUGGGAUGAACUAGCAAUUUUCCUAAAGUCAUAUAGAAAUUCAACUCAACAUGUUUAUUUAAGUGCCGCACCUCAAUGUCCAUUCCCUAAUGGAGAUUUGGGUGCGGCACUUGACAUGGGCGUUUUCGAUUAUGUUUGGAUACAGUUUUACAAUAAUCCUGAGUGUGAAUAUAACCAAAAUGAUGUUAAUCGGUUGUUGGAUUCGUGGAAGCGAUGGACGGAAUCAUUGACGGUCGGAAAACUGUUUUUGGGAUUGCCUGGUUCUCCUGCAGCUGCAGAUAAUGGCUAUAUUCCUGUUGAUUUGUUGUGUGAGAUUGUUCUUCCCGUCGUAGCAAUGUCGCGUAACUAUGGUGGUGUAAUGUUAUGGGCGACAUACUAUGAUAAACAAAGUGGAUACAGUAGCUAUAUUAAAAGCUCUCUAUGCACUCAACAAAAGCCUCCUCAAUGUCGUCGCAAAGGUUCUUGUUAUCGACAAAAUUUAAUGGAUGGAAAAAUGAACCAAGAAAAUGUGUUACACGAAAUUGGAGGCAAUGUUGUGCUUUCUGACAAAGCUAAAAGUGUUGAAAUAGAGGAUAGAAGGACUCUGAGUGACUUGGUUAAGGAAUAG